AUGUCGCAACAAACAUUAGGGUAUGAAUACACGUCCUUGGCUGGACACGAAAUAAUCCGUGUACUUGUCCUCCACCCUGCCGCUACAGACAAGGAAGUGAUCCAAUGCUCAUUCCGCGAAACUCCUCUCUGGAGAGGCUGCUCAGAUUCACCCCAGGCCUACGAAGCUCUAUCGUACACGUGGGGAGAGCCCCGAGGAACACGUCCUAUCCUAUGCCAUGGAAAGACACUUCUCAUCACCCCAAACUGCGAACAGGCGCUUCUUCAUCUCCGUGGAAAGAAAGAACCACGCCAGUUAUGGGUCGAUGCUAUCUGCAUUAACCAAAAUUCAACAGAAGAGAAAAAUGAACAGGUGUCCCUCAUGACGCUCAUUUACCAGUGUGCCGUCCGUACCAUCAUUUGGCUUGGUCAAGACACGAGUAAGGAGAUUUCGAGCCUUUUGCGAGAAGCAUGUCCUCUCCAAGGCCGGCCGUCUCGCCGUGCCAAAGCGUCAAAAAAAUUACGCAAAUUAUCUCGAAUCAUACGUCGCGAUCCUCCGAAUCCCUUGCUCGGCGAGCCAGGCGAAGAAUAUUAUAGCGAAGGAGACCAGGAAGCCUAUGAUUUUUUUGAGGCUGACACUGCUCGUACCGAGAAGGCCAAAGAGCUUUGCUCGAAUCAAUGGUUCCGAAGGGUGUGGACAAUUCAAGAGUUCCUUCUAUCGGAGUCCUCUAUAUUCCUGAUGGGAAACGUGCAAUGUCCCCCGCGCGACCUGUACAUCUACCUCAAAGACAUUGUGCCUCUCCGCCAUGCCGAUUUCGACCAUUAUAGGCUGAGGCACAAGUUCUUCGACUUCGGACCCAAGCAAGGUGAAACCGCGUUCCAAAGCUUCAUGAACCACACUAUCCGCCUGAUAGAACAGAACAACGCGACGGACCCACGCGACAAGGUGUAUGGCAUGUCGGCGUUUAUAGAGAGUAAAUGGCCAGAGAUCCAAUUUCCGGCCGUCGAUUACUCACUCUCCGCCAUGGAAAUUUAUGAGAACUUUACACGGGCGAUCAUUGUCGCGUCGGGUUCCCUCUGGCCCCUGGAGCUGGUGGUCGGAGCGCCAGAAUUUGGCACGGGCCCGGCAACAUCUUGGAUAUUAGACCUUCGAGGCGCUGGCCAUCUGGCUCCAGCCCAGGGUCCCGAUUAUCUGCGCUUCGACUGGAACUGCUAUGACGGGUGGAAGCCGGGCCCUGGUAAACUUGCUACUGAGAUCUUGCGAGAGGAGAAGAAGUUGAAAAUACGUGCGAGGCGGGUCUCUGAGGCUGUCCGCGUGGUCAAGACUAGGGAGGGAUUGGGAUCUAUGUGUUCUUUUGAGAGUAGGUUCCUGUCAGCGACCAUGGAUGAGUUAUGCCCCGUCCAAAGCCCAGGUGACGUGCAAGUGGGAGACAUUGUAUGUACCGUGGAAGGAUCCAGGGUCCCGCUUGUUCUGAGAAUUCGUGAGGGGUCAAAUGCCAUCUAUAUAGGGAGAGCAGACAUAUCUACCUAUAGUUUUAGGUUUAUGUACGAGCCGUUUGAUCCUGCCGCUUGGACAGACGAGACACAGACAGACUUUCUGGUCUUGGCAUAG